CACGCUGGGAGCUGUCACCAGGCUCUUCUGCUCCGGGCCUCCGUGUCGCUGCCGCGGUUGCCAGGAGAGCGGCGCCGGCGGGGAGCGGCCGAGCCCACCGCAGGUAAUGAUUUUACAUGACUGUGGAGCUGGUCUCUAGUGGGACGCUGUGGGAGGAUGAACACAGAAGAGCUGGAGCUAUUGAGUGACUCCAAGUACAGAAAUUAUGUUGCUGCAAUUGACAAAGCACUAAAGAAUUUUGAAUACUCCAGUGAAUGGGCAGAUUUGAUAUCAGCACUUGGAAAACUUAAUAAGGUUUUACAAAAUAAUGCCAAGUACCAGGUAGUACCCAAAAAGUUGACCAUAGGCAAACGCCUAGCUCAAUGUCUACAUCCAGCGUUACCAGGUGGAGUUCAUCGGAAGGCACUUGAAACAUAUGAAAUUAUCUUCAAAAUCAUUGGACCUAAGCGACUUGCCAAAGAUCUUUUUUUAUAUAGCUCUGGAUUAUUUCCUCUUCUUGCAAAUGCUGCUAUGUCUGUGAAGCCAACACUGCUAAGCUUGUAUGAAAUAUACUACUUACCUUUAGGUAAAACACUAAAGCCUGGUCUACAAGGAUUGUUAACUGGUAUUCUUCCUGGCUUAGAAGAAGGAUCAGAGUACUAUGAGAGAACAAAUACGUUAUUGGAAAAGGUUGCCGCUGCAGUGGACCAGUCAGCAUUCUACAGUGCCCUCUGGGGAAGUCUUCUCACUAGUCCUGCUGUGCGUUUACCUGGAAUCACAUAUGUCCUUGCCCAUUUGAAUAGAAAACUUUCCAUGGAAGAUCAGCUUUAUAUAAUUGGCAGUGAUAUUGAGCUAAUGGUAGAAGCAGUAAGUACUUCUGUGCAGGACUCAAGUGUCCUUGUACAGAGAAGCACACUGGACCUCAUACUCUUCUGUUUUCCAUUCCACAUGAGUCAGGCCACUCGACCAGAUAUGAUCAGGAUCUUGUCUGCAGCCCUUCAUGUAGUACUAAGGAGAGAUAUGUCCCUGAACCGAAGGCUUUAUGCUUGGCUUCUCGGUUUUGAUAACAACGGUGCUAUCAUAGGACCCAGAAGUACAAGACACAGUAAUCCUGAAGAACAUGCCACUUACUAUUUCACUACCUUUUCAAAGGAAUUGUUGGUUCAGGCAAUGGUGGGGAUCUUACAAAUGAAUGGAUUUGGAGAAGAGAGUACUUUAAUGCAAGACCUAAAACCUUUUCGUAUUUUAAUCAGUUUACUGGACAAACCGGAACUAGGACCAGUAAUUCUGGAAGAUGUCCUCAUUGAAGUGUUUAGAACAUUGUAUUCUCAAUGCAAAGCAGAACUGAAUCUUCAGAUGGAGCCUCCCUUCAGCAAGGAUCAUGCCCAACUAAGCAGUAAAUUAAGGGAAAAUAAGAAAACAGCUGAGCUGAUUAAAACUGCCAACCUUCUUUUUAAUUCCUUUGAGCCUUAUUAUAUGUGGGACUAUGUUGCACGUUGGUUUGAAGAUUGUUGUAGGUAUGUGAAUCUGUUUCAUUCAUUAUAAUAGCAUCCAAAGCCAACUUUUUUUUUCUUUUGGUUCUUGAGUUUAGUGAAAAAUAUAUUCUCUGGGGAGUCGGGCAGUAGCGCAGAG